UGUUCGAUGUUGUUCUUGACUGAAUCUUGCCAACCUUACCAUAUCUUUUUGGCGCUGUUGUUUGGUGGGUGACCAGAUCCAGUCUCAUAGCUUCGGCUCUUGCUAUUCUAAAACACUGUGCUUUACGUCAAUUCAUCACUGACCAUGGAAGGCCUCCGCCACUCCCUCUUGGCCCCGUCGGGAGCCACCGUUGUCAUUAUUUUUGGAACCCUCGAUGCCAUGAUGACCAUGAUCAAGACCAAAUAUUCCGCGAAGGACGACAAUGGCAAGAUGCUCUUCCCCCAUCCCUUUGCCCCAUGGACCAAGGUCGAUCCUAAAUACGAAGAUCAAGCGGACAAAGCGUUACGGGCCUGGCGAAUGUUUGAGAACGUAAAGGAAUGGACUUUCAUGAGUCUUCCACUCAUGUGGAUUUUUGCCGGGUUUGCUGGUAGUAUUCCCAAGGUGACGGACCAAAUGGUUGACAUUGCUGUGGUGACUUCGACAAUUGGCUACUGUUACGGCAACUACCUGUUCUCCAAAGGGUACAUCGAAUCACCGGAGAAACGUCUGAAAGGUUUCAAUGUGAGAACAAAUGUCGUCAAGUUCUGGUUGGGUGGCUCUGCCAUUGCAGUGGUUUGCACGGCUUUGCAAAAGUACGGAGUCUUGACGAUUUCGUAAAUAGAGCUUUGCUGAUGCACAUGGCAACACCAACAAUGGCAAUUAUUAGAGUAGCCAAGUGCCAAGUAAGCUUGUAAAUGAUUCAGUUAUCAUCACC